AUGCCGGCACAUGGCGGGCAAUAUCUGCGACAUGUUCGAGAGACAACUCCAGAUGAUGCUGAAGACGAGCACGGGACUGCUGGCAUCUGCACGAGAGAUGGAGACAUUACUGAAAAUGGCCAUCUUAGAGAAUUCUUGAGUGAGCAGGCUAAAAAUAGUUACAGUCACAAUCGUGAUAAUGUGGAACCUUCAAAAGUAGAAGAAGAUCCUCCACGUUUGACGAUAAACAUGAUUUUUGGGGGAAACGAGAUUAAUGGUGUGACUUUUUCAGCGGUAAAGAAGAUGAAGGUGUCAGCAACCCACUGUAAGAGACUCGGGGAAGUCACUGAGGAUGACAUUACUUUUAUGAAUGAAGACGCAGAUGGACUAUUGCUGCCGCACAACGAUGCCUUGGUAAUCUCUUUAAAUGUCUUAGAUUUUAAAACUAAAGGUGUUUUGGUGGACCCAAGAAGUUCGACCAAUAUUUUCCAGUGGAGAGUGAUGGAACAAGAUAAGCUAACAGGAAGUAUCAUUCUAGCCACAAAAUUCCUCGUCGGGUUCUAUCUGGAAAACGUAACAAUCCGAGGAGAGAUCUUGCUGCCCACCAAAGCAGAGGGGGUGAUGAUGACAACCCUUUUCAAGGUAGUCGACGGCGAUAUGGGCUACAAUAUUAUCCUAGGAAAACUAUAG